CUCCCGGGUCACUCAUAGGGGUGGGUAACUUCACUCACUGCAACUUCCCUUUCCAGAAACUUUUAAUGUGGUGGAAGUGCGUUUCAAGGCUUGUGAACGCGCAUUAUUUAAGUUGACUUUUAACUGGUGAUAUCGUUCUUUGUAGGGUAACCUGACGGCGCGGGACUUCUUUAGUAUUUUUUUUAUUCAAAAUGACUUCAUUCCUGUGGAUUUUACUUCUGGCAAAUCUUUUGGGAACACCAAUAGCGCAAGACUUGAACCUUGCUGAUGCCUUUGGUGAUGGCGAUAUACCCCCUACAAAACCACCAGUGAAACCUGCCCCACCCAAAAACUCAAGUCCUGAUGAUUUUGAUCUAGCAGGUGCAUUAGAUUUCGAUGACCCCGAGAAACCAGCUGUGAAUCCCCCUAAAGAAGAUCCAAAGAAACCAACUGGAGAUGGCUUUGAUUUAUCUGAUGCAUUGGGUCCAGAUACUGAACCCAAAAAACCUGUAGUGAAGCCACCUGAAGGGGGUGGGACUGUUUCAGGUGGUGGCAAUUUGGAUGACAAAGACCUGCUUGACGUGAUGGAUGGUGAGGAUGGCUAUAAGCCAGAUGGAGGCAAAAGUGGAGGGCGAGCAGCUGUCUCUGAACAUGAAGGGGGUGCUUCUGACCAACCUCAAGGCGGGGCACUAGCUGGCAUCAUCAGCUCUGUGGGUGUUGCUCUUAUUGGUGCAGCUUCAGGUUACAUUGCAUAUCAGAAAAAGAAACUUUGUUUCAAAAUUCAAGGAGGGCAAGACCCAGAGAGUGGCAAAACCCAGCAUGGUGGCACCUCUGAUAAUCAGGUUUUUAGCAACCUGCUCAAUUCAUCCUAAUUGGUGCCCAGUCUGCCAAAUGGAACAAAUAUAUGCACCUUCAUCAUACAACUAUGGAAAGCCUUACCCUAUGGGAUAACAACCGUUAUGUCAGAUGCUGAUUAACUUUAAUGCGUUUACAAUCCUUGUGUUUGUGUUUAUUGUUUAACUGAACUUUUGGUUUAAGAAUGUUUUUUUCUGUAUUCAAAUAUUUUUUGUGUAUUUAGAUUGUGUACAAACAAAUUAUUGUGUCUUUGAGAAAUUAGAGGAAUAAGUCACUUUUAGUAUUCUUCAACUAGUGCAAAUGUAAGAUUCAACACUUUAUGUUUAGGAGAUUAUUACUGUUUUAGAGAUUGUAUUAUUUCAGUUGCAUAAAGGACUUGCUAUUUAGAAGAGCAAACUGACUUCCAUUCAUUGAUUACAUCAGUUUUUGUUUUUCAUUAGACAUUUGUUUUUGCAGCACAUCUUUUGGAACAGAUAUGUUACUCUGUUUAAUCUGUAUUAGUUUGUAAACUUUCCUAAAAAGUUACUGGAUGACAGAAGAUGAUAUGAUGUUGAUAAACACGGGUAAGAAUCUGAUUUUGUUUUAAGAAAAAUCUUACUAAAUUAAAUAACAUGGAAAAAGUAAGGGCUGCUAACCUGCGACCAAACAUGAUUCAUGCAUCAUUUUAACUUAUUUAAAUUAGAAAGGUUUUAAAUAGAAGACCGUUCUUUUGUUAUUGUAAGUACAAAUGAGAUAAGAUUUGAUCAUAUUCAGGCUGGAUUUUAGGCUGUCCAUACGCACAAUUGAAUCCGUAUUUAAUGUAGCGGUUUUAUCAAUUUCCCUCCUACAACUGACUAACUUAAACCCAUAACCACAGACAUUCAACGCUUUGUGUCCUUCGUUGUUUAGUAGUUUUGUUUGAAUUUGCUUUGAUUCUCCUCAAAAUAAAGCCAUUUGUAAACGU